UGCGACUUCAUGGAGACACGGUCUGAAAGGAUAGGAAAUCUCUUCUGGGGUCCAAUUGUGCCUGGAAGUUCUAGUGAUCCGCACCAUGGCGAGGUAGUAUAUCUCGAUGCUGACCAUCGCGGAAUGAACAAAUUUGCUUCCGCUGAUGACCCCAACUUUAUAAAAUUUAAGACGAAAUUUACCAGGGCAUUCAUAAAGGCUUUGAAACAUGCCAAAGUUACUUCGAUUCCUUUUAGCCGGGACACGAAGUUCACCGACCGCCAAGAUAUCUUACUUGAACUUGAUGACAAACUAAAGAGAAGUCAGCUUGCCUCUCUUGCGGGGAUCGAUGGCGUUGGGAAAACUCAUACUGCCAUAGAAUAUGCCCACCGAUUUCAGGAGCGGCAUCCGUGUGCUGAUAUCUUCUGGGUUCAAGCAGGCACAAAAGACAUGAUUGAGAAAGGAUGUCAUGAUAUUGCAAUGUCUCUAGAUUUACCAGUUGAUAAUCCUGAAGGGCUAAGUAUCUUCUCGCGCGUGAGCUCCGCGCUUAAUGAUAACAGAGAAGGGCAUUGGCUUCUAAUUUUCGAUGGUCUGGAUGAUCUAAACUUGCUCUAUGGCCCCAAUGGCAUUGCCAAUAUGCCGCACAGUGCCAAAGGUUACACUCUACUUACCACACGAGAUAGGAGAGUGGGUCUCAGGCUCACGGGGAUUCAUGAUACAAUAUCUGUCUCACCAAUGGGGCUGGAGGAUGCAAGGGAGCUGAUGACAGUUCUAUUGCAUGAAAAGCCAGGCUUGGAUGAUAAUGGCACAAUGGAUCAAAUUAUAAAUGCCCUGCAAGGCUUGCCAUUUCAUAUUUCCCAGGCGGCGGCCUAUAUUGCAAAAAGACAAGAUUCCCUUGGACACUAUUUGCGAAUACUUAGCAAUCCCACGGAGACAACGGAGUUGAUCGAUCAAAGCUACAAUAAUACUGACCUCCUCCCAAGGCCUGAAAACGCGGUUACUAUGCCGUGGAAGAUUACAUAUGAUUUCAUCAGACGAGAAAGCCCCAGAGCAGCGGAUAUAUUAUGUCUCAUGGCCACUUUGGAUGCUCAGUCUAUACCUAUUCAGCUACUUCAGAGACACGGUGAAAGCCUUGUUGCGUUUGAUAAAGAGACAGGCCUUUUGAAGUCGUUCUUCUUGAUUACAUCAAACGCAAAAGGAGACAGUCUAGGUAUGAAUCGGUUACAGCAGCUGUCCAUCCAACAUUGGCUGGAGCUACAGAAUGCCCUCGAUGAAUGGAAGGAAAAAGCAAUGGAUGAAGUUCUUCGUUUGUGCGCCCAUUUGACGGGCCGCAAGCAAUACGAAUGCUUGGAAACAGUGUACCCUCAUAUUCAACUUCUACUGGCGUAUGACUUCCGCACUCACAGUAGCAGGAUCAAGGUUGGAUAUCUUCUCAUCUUGAAAUCGGAAUAUGACACGUCAAGAGGUCGAUUCGCUCUUGCGAACGAGCAACUGGAAAGAUCCGUUGGCAUAUGGAAAACGAGCUGCAGUGACCGCAACCACUAUGCCAUACGAGGCUUACAGCUUCAAGGAAGGGCUCUCGCGUUCCAGAAUCGAAUGGACGAGGCAGAAGCUGCAAUUAGAGCGGCUUUUUGCGCGUUUGGCCAGAUAUACGGGCCAGAUGAUAGCAACACCCUAAGCGCCCUGAUGGACCUGGGAAGUGUACUCAAGUAUAAACAGUUGGAUGAAGCGGAACACAUAUAUUCCACGAUAUUCUACUUAACUUCGGGAAGGAUGAUUGAAAACCAGGCCUAUGAUCUAGAGGCCAAGCAUAAUCUCGGCGUGAUUGCGGAAACUCGAGGAAACCAUUCCGAGGCAGAGCGUAUCCUGCGAGAAACCCUCCACUUAAAGCAGCAAAGAUACGAUCCUAAGAGCGAGUUUAUCUUUCGGACCAUGAAUAUGCUCGCUAUUGUUCUACAGAAUCAGGGCAAAGUUCCAGAAGCAGAAUCCUUGUUCCGAGAGACGCUCCGUCUAAGAGAGGAAGUCCUUGGGAUCGCAGACAAAGACACAAUGUACACCCUGGAGAUACUGGUAAAGCUUCUAGCGAGAUCAGAGAAGUUUGAAGAAAUGGUUGAUUUUGCAUUUCAACGUGCCGAGCGACUAAAAAUGGUCCACGGAGUCAGGAACAGGGACACAUUGGACGCGUUUAACGAUUUUGAGGUAGCGUCAUUCCAACAAGGAAAAUACAACGAUGCUAUCGCUUCGAUUGAAAGGACCCUUCCAGUCCGAAUAGACUUACUAGGGCCAAAUGAUCCUGAUACACUGAUGAGCAAAGUUAACUAUGCCGUCUCACAGUGUGGGCAAGGGAGAAAGCGUGAGGGACUCAAUUUGUUGCGGGAUGUUUUAGAAACACGCAAAAGCCUUUAUGGAUUGGAGGACCCCAGAACUCUCAAGACGCAAGAAAAGCUUCAAAUCGCCGCCGAUGGAAUUUGUCGGGAGAUUUUCACUCCUUCUGUGAGGGUGAGGACGACGUAUCCGACCACCGAUGCCGACCCAACCAUCAUGGUAGAACUUUGUCCGUCAGAUUGACGGCAGUGUUUUACCUGUUGGCUUCUAUGCAGGGUGCACUGAUAUUGUUGAAAUGCUGGCAAAAAUUCACCGGAAAACUAGGUUAAAAAGUAAAUAAUACAUUGAAC